AUGGCGCAUUCUUAUGGUCAGCCGGGUAGAGACUCGCUCGAGCUUGCGUCUUUGGCAAGCUCGAGCCAACUCAACGAGGAAGGAGCGACAGAGAUCUCAUCUCGGCCUAGUAUAUCGUCGUCUCGAAGGCUGUCUCUCGAACUUGAUGAUCCAUUGAACAGCGCCAAUCCUGCGAACCCUGCUGGUAGGAUGCAGCGAUCUUAUUCCACAACCUCGGCAUUUGAAUAUUCUGGCAAUAUGUUUCCUUUGAGCUCGACCGCAGGUGCUGAUGGCUAUGCCCCCAUCGGGGCGUCAAGUUCUAGAAUGCGGCCAACCGGUGGCUUGUCAGGAGGUUCUUUGGAAAAGAGCAAGAACCUGACAUAUCUCAAUGGGUUGUCAUUAAUUGUCGGAUUGAUCAUUGGCUCUGGCAUUUUCUCAUCGCCUGGUUCAGUGAGCGGUAAAGUUGGCUCGCCGGGCGCUGCGAUACUCGUCUGGAUCAUUGCUGGUAUCCUUGCAUGGACAGGUGCCGCGUCGUACGCUGAGCUUGGUGGAGCAAUGCCACUCAAUGGAGGCGCUCAAGUGUAUUUGGCAAAGACGUUUCAUGAAGUUUUCGGUUUCUUGUUCACAUGGGUGGCUAUGUUGGUUCUCAAGCCUGGUAGUGCCGCCAUCAUUGCCAUCAUCAUGGGUGAAUACUUCGUUCGAGCAUUCAUCGGCCCAGAUGCCGAAUACGUGAGUCCCUGGAUAAACAAGGGCGUGGCGCUCGUUGGACUUUUGGUCGUUACGUUCAUGAACUGUGUUUCUACAAAGCUGGGAACGCGUGUGAACGAUGCACUCAUGUUCAUGAAGUUUAUCGCUUUGCUGGGGAUAACAAUCACGGGAAUUGUGGUUAUCGUAACUGGAAAGACUCUCAAGGGCAAGUCAGAAGUUGACUGGAAGCCAUCUGCACUGUUCGACAACACAUCGACCGACAUGUCCGCUUGGGCACUGGCGCUUUACGCUGGUCUCUGGGCAUAUGAUGGAUGGGACAACACCAACUACGUGGUUGCCGAGUUUCAAAAUCCCACUCGAGACCUGCCUCGCGUCAUUCAUACAGCAAUGCCCUUAGUUAUUCUCUGUUAUGUCCUGGCCAACGUUGCUUACUUUCUUGUUCUGCCACUUGAGAGUAUGGAUGGUGCCAACACAGUUGCUGUCAUGUUUGGCAAUCACGUUUUUGGCUCGGUGGGCUCGCUUGUUCUUGCACUCAUCGUCAGUGUCAGUUGUUUUGGCGCUCUCAACUCCUCAACCUUUACUUCCAGCCGUCUCGCCUACGCCGCUGGCAAAGAGGGUUACAUUCCGUCAGUCUUUGGUACCAUUGGUGUCGGCGCUAGUGCACAUGAGCAUGAGCUCAACACCUUGCGUACACGAAGCUGGUUCACUCGUAAGAUGAGGAAAAUGUUUGGCGAUGAGGACGCAGGGCUGUUUUACACACCUGUGUAUGCCCUCAUUCUCAACGCAGUUCUCACGACUGGUUACAUUAUUGUUGGCGAGUUCAGCACCCUUGUCACGUUUUAUGGUGUUGCCGGCUAUGCCUUUUACUUUCUUACUGUGCUUGGUGUGAUUGUUUUGCGCGUUAAGGAGCCUGAACUCACUCGCCCUUACAAGACGUGGAUUACUACUCCCAUCAUCUUCUGCUGCGUGAGUCUCUUCCUCCUCUCACGCGCCAUCUUUGCACAGCCCUUCCAGACCCUUGCUGUCAUAUUCUUCGUGGUGGCUGGUGUGCCGGUUUAUUUCUGGCGUAUCAGGGGACGGGAUGAGCAAGUCUUGAGAAGAAGAGGACAACCCGACGAUGACAAGAAGUGGUACCAGUUUUGGAAAUGA